GUCGCCAUGGGAUCCGGUAAACCCAGAGGAAUCAACUGCGCGCGUAAGCUCCGCAACACCAGGAGGAAGAACUUGUGGGCCGAUAAGGACUACAAGAAGGCCAACCUCGGAACCGUCUUCAAGUCCAACCCCUUCGGAGGCUCUUCUCAUGCUAAGGGAAUUGUCGUCGAGAAGAUGGGCAUUGAGGCCAAGCAGCCUAACUCUGCCAUUCGUAAGUGCUGCCGUGUGCAGCUCAUCAAGAACGGCAAGAAGAUCGCCGCUUUCGUCCCCAAUGAUGGUUGCCUUAACUUCAUCGAUGAGAAUGACGAAGUGCUCGUGUCCGGAUUCGGUCGUCGUGGCCACGCCGUCGGUGAUAUCCCCGGUGUCCGUUUUAAGGUCGUCAAGGUUGCCGGUUGCUCUCUUCUUGCCUUGUACAAGGAGAAGAAGGAGAAGCCUCGUUCUUAAGCAGCUUAAUGGCUCGAUGAGGAUGAAGUACAGCCUUCUUCCGGUCUCACUGAUUACCCCUCUGCGAUACUCCGGUUG